UUAAGCUCAUUCCCAGUAGCUGCUCAAAUUAAACCAUGGAGGAGAAGAGACGGUACACGUGCGAUCGUGAAUUGUUCUAGUAAUUUGAGGAAUUCUGAUCUGUAAACAUGAAUCCUCUAGUUCGUUCACAGAAUCUUUGUUUUCCACUGAGCUCUCUGCCAGAUGAUGUGGUCUUGUAUCUCGCACAAUACCUCAGUCCGCGCCAAAUAGGAAUCAUGGCACGACUAAACCGACAUUUCCGGAAAAUAUUUAACUCUCCUCAUCUCUGGAGAUAUAUCAACUUAAAGAUACGACUUCACGAUAGAAAGAUUGCCUCCGAGGCCAUAGAGAUCCUUAAAGUUAGAGGUAUAAGAAACCUGGAAUUCGAAAAUAUGGUGCACUCAUAUUUAAAACCUUAUGAAACAAAAACCGUGCAGCCACUUUUAUGUCCUCACCUUGAGAAACUUACCUUUAAAGUUACGACUCAAUUUACUCUCGAAGCUCUUUACAACGCUGCUUCCCAGGGAAAACUUAAUCUCAGGAGGCUUGCAUUUGGAACUGUGGACAUAAAGUUACAAAAAAGGAUAAAACGGACCUUUGAAGAAGUGUUGAAAAGCCUACCCUCAAUUGAAGAAGUGAGCUUUGGAAGAGUGGAUGUGAAUGACUUAGCAGGCUCAAAUCCACUGGCAGAUGAUGUGCAGAGGGCUUUAUGCUGCAGUGGGAAAUUGACAAGCAUCUCACUUGUAUGUCAAGAGUCAGUAGAGAUGUCUUGGCUCAAAGCAGUUGUCAGUAGUAAUCCACACUUGCGAAAGUUGUGUCUGAGUUUGAUAUGGCUCACGGAUUAUGGUGAAGCAGGAGAAUUACACGAUGUUGAACAAGGUGUGUUGUCUAGCCUAGAAACAUUUGAAUUAGAUGUACGUGACACUUAUCACAACAGCAGAAGACUAACAAACCACAUUCUUGAUUGGGCAUUUCCAAGUAACAAAGUACCAUACGAAAACCUUACAAGCUUGGAUGUGACAUGUCCCCAUAAUCCCAUUAUGUUUACACAGCUUCUUAAAUUUCCUGCUUUGAAGAGGCUGAAUUUGACUGGUUCAUUUGUGCCCAAAGAGCAAUCCCUAUGGGAUUUUCCCAAUUUCCAAACCUUGGAGUGGUUAGAACUAAAUAGCUGCCGUGGAAUCAGUGGUGAUCAACUACACUUUCUGUCUCAAAAAGUGGGAAAGACUCUCUGCUACUUAGGCCUGGCACAAAUUCCAAUGAUUACCAACAAUAAUCUACGAGAACUGGCUAUUAUGUUUCCUGUUCUUAGAACCCUUGAUCUGAGUGCAUGUUCAAGAAUCACAGAUGCAUUGCUGGUGGAGUGGUACAUUAAGCACAAUAGAAAUGAAUGGCCAAAGUUGAGAAAACUCAUUUUGAAAGGUUGUGAAGAAAUCAGUGUGGAUGUUGUAAACUCAGUACGGUUAAAGACAAGAAAUCAACUUCUCGUUGACUUGUGAAUCCUCUUGCUCUUUAGAGAGUUUGCAAUUGUGUAACCUUUUCUUAACCCUCAACAUGCAAACAGCAGUAUGUCUAGUAUCCAUGCUGUUCUUUAUGCAUUUCAUAUGGUACUGACAACAAGAAUUUGUUUGAAAAUCAAGAGCUUCUUAAGGUGAAAGCCAUUUCCUUUAUUCCCAUGACCUACUUGCUUGAUUUAGGGAGAAAUUUAAAGCUAGGUACUCUUUGGGGUUAACUUGAGUUUCAAACUAUGUUAAUGAUGCAUUUGAAGAACGUAUUCUGGGAAUGUAGCUCAGAAUUGAAUUUCAAGAAUGCGAUUUGGAAACAGUUUAGAGGGACCUUUGAGGCUGCAUUUUGAAAGUGCAUUUGGACAU